AAUCAUUUUGGACAACAAACAACCAAUCUUUGAAUGAACAAACGAAACAACAAGUGAAUAUUUUUUGCAAAUCAAAAACAGAUAAUUUGUUUGUUGAGAAUAACUAUGAAACCAAAAGAACGUUUUAUUAGCUAUGCAUUAUUAUCAUCAUCGACAUCAUCAUCAACUAAUCAUCAAUGCGUUGUUGAAUCAACAAAUUCCAAUUCAUCAUUUUCAAUCAAAGAAGAUAUUCCAAUUGAUUUAAGUGUAAAAAAAUCUUCAACGCAACAACAACAAUCGAUUGUUGUUGUUCAACCACCACUAUCGAUUCAUCAUCAUUCAAAUCAUAAUGGUUCAUCAUUUGGAUCGUUUAAAGAAUAUGAUCAUCAACAACGACAAAGAUUUUUCAAUUCUAAUCAAUCGCAAUCAUCAAUUAAUGAUUGGUCGCAAACAAAUGUAACAGCGGCAGCGGCAAUUGCUGCUGCCGCAAAUAAUAAUACUUCUGGUCGAUAUUCAUUUCCAAAUCUAAUGAAACAUCAUUAUCAUCCACAACCAUCAUCAACGUUUCAUUCAAAUUCUCAUCAAUCUUCCGGUAAUAUUUUUCCAUAUUUAUUUAUUGAUCCGGUAGGAUGUGGUCAAUUACCAUUGCCACCGCUGCCACCACCACCACUUCCACUGCCGCAGCAGCAGCAGCCAUCAUCAACAAACGUAUCACAUUCAAACAAUAUCGAUCAUAAUCAUCAUCAAUUGAAAUCAAAAUCCACAUUAUUGGAUCAUUAUGUGAUGCCUUAUCGAUUUCAUGCGGCUGCUGCAGCGGCAGCAGCUGCCGCUGCCGCACAAGAUGGAAUUAUAUUUCCUCCUUAUCAAUCGAAUGCGGCCAAAAUUGUUGUUGAUCAUCAUCAUCCUCAUCAUCCAAUUCAUCCGAUUCAUUUGACAAAUGGUAAUCAUAAUCAUCACCAUCAUCAUCAUCAUCAUGAACAACGACAAUUAAAUGAUAGGAUUCAUCAUCAUCGACCACCAUUAUCAACUGAAUCAACAUCAUCAUCAUCAACAUCAUCAUCACCAUAUGAUUAUCAUACAGUUGAUUAUGGUCAAACAAUUGAUAUUUUAAAAAAUGAUGAUAAUGAUCAUCAUCAUCAUCAUCAUUUACCACCGCCGUUACCAUCAACAACGACAACAAUAUCGUCAUCAUCAUCAUCUUCACCACCGUCAUCAUUAUCAUCAACAACAUCGAUACCAUCACCACCGACAUCGACAACAACAAAAACGGCAACGAUAAUGAAAAAUCAAUCCAAACAAUUAUUAACGAUGAAAUUAAAUGGAUCUCAAAUGGCUUGCUAUUACGAAGGAAGUGAUGGUGAUGAUCCAUCACUACCACCACCACAUCAACAACGAAAACAGAUUAUAAAUUUUCGACUAAAAAAAUCAUCAAGUUAUCCUUGUUUACCAUCAUUAUCGUCAUCGUUAUCAACAACCAAAAGAAGAAAUUUUUGUUCAAGAUCAAAAUCUGAAUCAAAUUUACUGCGAUCAUCAUCAUCAUCAUCGAUAAAACCAAUUUUAUUUGUUAAUAAUAAUCAUCGAAAAUCCACAACAACAAAAUCGAUAGAAGCAACAAUAACAACAACAACAACGACGACAAAUAAUUCACCGACAAAAAUUUGUGCACCAAAAAAAUUAUUUGCAUCAAAUUAUUUACUUGAUAAAUCAACAACAGCGAAUAAUAAUUAUAAAGAAUCGAAAAAUUCAAAUGAAAAAUUUGAUAAUAAUAAACAACAAAAACAAGAUUCAAAUCAAACAAAAUUUUAUCGUAAUUAUCGAAAGGAAGUUAUUGAAUGUUGGGAUAAUGAACGUCGUGAUAAUGAACAAAUUAAACAAAGAAAACAUUCAUUGAAUAAUAAUCAUAAUCAUAAUGGCUAUGAUGAUGAUAGUGGUAGUGAUCAUAAAGGAAAUAAUGGCAGUUUGGCUAGCAAUAUACUUGAUCUUCGAAUCAACCAUAACAACAACAAUGAUCAUCAUUUAAAUUCUAAUCAACAAACGGAAAUGAUAAUUUCAUCAUCACCAUCGUCGAUUAAAUAUAUGGCUGCCGAUACAUUGUCUGCUGCUGCUACUGCUGCUAAUGCUGUUGUUAAUCCUGAUACAAUAAUGAUGAUGAUGAAAUCACAAUUUGAUCAAAAUGAAUCAAAAUUAUUAUCAUCAUCAAUCGAUCAUCAUCAUCAUCAUCAUCAAUUAGAUCUAUAUAAACAUUAUUAUUAUUAUCUAAUGCAACAACAACAACAACAACAUGAACAGGAACAAUCAACAUUUGCAUCAAGAGUUGUUGCUGAAACAUAUGCAAAAUUAUUAUCAUCAACAACGAAAACAAUAACAAGUCCGAAUGGUAAUGAUCAUUUGGAUCGAUCGACGACAACAAAAUCACCACCAAUUGGAUUCGAUACGAAAAAUCAGCAAUUCAAUGGUAAAUCAUCAUCGUUUGAAAAUAAUGGCCUUUAUGAAACAAAACGUACAUCACCAGAUUGUAGUCAAGAUGGUUUAAUUAUUAUUAACGGUGGUAAUGGUGGUAUAACUGAAUUACGUUCAGCUGAUACAACUAAUGGUACAAUAUUUGAUCGUAAACGUAUUAGUAGGCCAUUAACUGGUAAACAUGUUCGUCAUGGUACUGGUGCAAGUCCAACAACAUUAUUAACAUUAAAAAAUAUGAUACAACAAAGACAAAAAUUAAAAGAAAUUAAUCAAUUUAAUAAUAAUUUUGGUAAUAAUAAUAUUCGUUAUGGUAAAUCAUCGACAAAAACAAACAAAAGAAUUAAACGAAAAUAA